UUCUACUUUCCACGUUGGAAAGUUCCACUUUUGUGUUUUUCUUUCAAGUCUUAUGGCUUUUCUUGGACCAACUUCUUCAUCUUCAUCUCCAUCUUCAUCUUCAGCUUAAUCACAAGAAGGAAAGAUGUUGAAAAAGGUUUUCUCUAUGUCUAAGAAGAAGACAACCUCCUCUGCCAAGGCUAUCUCCUCUUCGGACAAACUUCAGGAGACACUUGAAACUUUGGAGAAGAAAGAGCAGCUUCUGCAAAAAAAGAUUUCUAAUGAAAUUCAAAAAGCAAAGAAUUACACAAGUCAGAAAAACAAAAACGCUGCAAUUCAGUGCUUAAAGAAAAAGAAAUUAUAUGAGGCGGAAAUUGAGCGGAUUGCAAAUUUACAAUUGCGAGUUCAUGAUCAGAUGCUAACACUUCACGGUGCGACAGCAACUACAGAAACUAUUGAUGCAUUGAGAAAAGGUUCCAAUGCUGUUAAAUCCAUUCAACAGUCAUUGAAUGCCGAUGAUGUUAGCAAGACGAUCGAAGAAGCAAGUGAACAAUCAGAAAACAUGAAACAACUGCAAGAUGCUCUCGCGACUUCCAUCGGUGUUACAGAUGACUUCGAUGAGGACGAACUCGAGGCUGAACUUGAAGAACUCGAAGAAGCUGAAUUAGAAGAACAAAUUCUUGAGCAAAAUUCUACAGUCACCACUCAACCUCCGUCGAUAACAACUACAAAUUUACCGAAAAAAGAGACACCGAAACCUGUUAACAAUGCCGACAAUCUAGCUGACCUUCAACCAGAAAUGGCUCUUUAGAUAUGAAUUACCGAAUGUUCGCCUUUUCAUUCCGUCGCUUGUCUAUAGCUACUGAUUGAUAUAUUAGCAUUAGCAAACUCAUGAUUUAGAACUCAGAAUAGCAAUGUAUUGUAUAUAGAACAAAGAGAGAGAUUAUAUAUAUAUAUAUAUAUAUGAAUAGAAUUUUCUUAAUGGAAUGAAA